GGUUCCGGAGGUUCCUCGGGAUGUCGGUGGCCUUCGUACCGGACUGGCUGAGGGGCAAGGCGGAAGUCAAUCAAGAGACUAUUCAGCGGCUCCUUGAGGAGAAUGACCAGUUGAUCCGCUGUAUUGUGGAGUAUCAGAACAAGGGCCGCGGGAACGAGUGCGUCCAGUACCAGCAUGUGUUACAUAGAAAUCUCAUUUAUUUGGCUACCAUUGCAGAUGCCAGUCCAACCAGCACUUCAAAAGCGGUGGAAUAAUCUUUCAAAAGCAAUAGAAUAAUCUUCCAUUUGGCUGUCGUGAGGAGUAAUUGAAUGUAAUCCAUCUCUUACAAAAUGGAGACAGGGUCUUUACCAACUCAACUGGUUAAAACAUGAAUGAAACCUCUGUGGCUCUUUCAAAACAUGUGAAAAUGUGAAGAAAGUUACUAACUUAACUGUAUUCUCAAUGUAAGUAUUUUUUAAAUAAUUAAGCAAAUCCCUCAAUAAGUUGAGCCCAGGUGUCCUCUUUCCUGAGCUUAGAGCAUGUUUGGAUAACAAAGACAUCACUGGGAUGUUCAAGUCUACUUUUUAGCUUCAACCUGAAGAGGAAACUGAGUAGGUGUUGGGCAGGAAUUGGUGAGACUCCUGACUUGAGACCUUGCUAAAUGGACAUGUAACCGUGUGCUCCUUCCUACCAGUUUGUAAAUGUGGUCCCCCUGACUGCUGUUUUCAGAUUGCUUUGAAAUAAAGCUUAUUUUUCUGUAAAAUA